AUGUCUCUGCCCAAAGACUUCUUGUGGGGCUUCGCGACGGCAUCGUAUCAAAUCGAGGGUGCCGUCGACAAGGACGGCCGCGGUCCUACCAUCUGGGACACCUUCACGGCCAUCCCCGGCAAGGUGGCCGAUGGCAGCUCGGGCGCCACGGCGUGCGACUCGUACAACAGGACAAAGGAGGACAUCGAACUUCUCAAGUCUGUGGGCGCCAGGUCGUACCGCUUCUCAAUUGCCUGGUCGCGCAUCAUCCCCCUCGGCGGCCGCAACGACCCCAUCAACCAAAAGGGCAUCGACCACUACGUCAAGUUUGUCGACGACCUGCUUGAUGCCGGCAUCACGCCCAUGAUCACGCUGUACCACUGGGACCUGCCAGACGCGCUGGACAAGCGGUACGGCGGCCUGCUCAACAGGCAGGAGUUCCCGCUCGACUUUGAGCACUACGCCCGCGUCAUGUUCAAGGCCAUCCCCAAGUGCAAGUACUGGAUCACGUUCAACGAGCCGUGGUGCUCGGCCAUCCUGGGCUAUAACUCGGGCUUCUUUGCGCCCGGCCACACGUCGGACCGCACAAAGUCGCCCGUCGGCGACAGCGCGACGGAGCCCUGGCUGGUGGGUCACAACCUGCUCGUGGCGCACGGGCGCGCCGUCAAGGUGUACCGCGACGAGUUCAAGGCGACCGACGGCGGAGAGAUCGGCAUCACGCUCAACGGUGACGCCACGUACCCGUGGGAUCCCGAAGACCCGGCCGACGUGGAGGCAGCGGACCGCAAGAUCGAGUUUGCCAUCUCGUGGUUUGCGGAUCCCGUCUACUUUGGACACUACCCGAAGUCCAUGAAGAAGCAGCUAGGCGACCGGCUGCCGACAUUCACGCCCGAGGAGGAGGCGCUGGUCAAGGGCUCCAACGACUUUUACGGGAUGAACCACUACACGGCCAACUACAUCAAGCACAAGACGGGCGAGCCGCCAGCUGACGACUUCCUGGGCAACCUCGAGACGCUCUUCUGGUCCAAGAGCGGCGAGUGCAUCGGCGAGGAGACGCAGUCGUUCUGGCUCCGCCCCAACCCGCAGGGGUUCCGGGACCUGCUCAACUGGCUGAGCAAGCGCUACGGCCGCCCCAAGAUCUACGUGACCGAGAACGGCACGUCGGUCAAGGGCGAGAACGACAUGCCGCUGGAGCGGAUCCUCAAGGACGACUUCCGCGUCAAGUAUUUCGAUGGCUACGUCAAGGCCAUGGCCGCCGCCGUGGCCGAGGACGGCGUCGACGUGCGCGGCUACUCUGCCUGGUCGCUGAUGGACAACUUUGAGUGGGCCGAGGGAUACGAGACGAGAUUCGGUGUCACCUUUGUCGAUUACAAGAACGGACAGAAGCGUUACCCCAAGAAGAGCGCCAGGUCGCUAAAGCCGCUGUUUGACGGCCUCAUCAAGAAGGACUAG